GAAUUGGUCAGGCCAAGACGGAAACAACAGGACAAAAGUCUGUGGGAAUCAUUCGGAACACCAAGGCUUUUCAUACAAGCUGGACAGAGUGCAGAGCAGCAUUAUAAUGAGAAUGCGAAGAGGGACCAACUGUAGCUGGAUUGGGCCUGAGAUCCCUCUAUCCUCACAAAUCUUCAGUGCAAUUGAAGAUGAUCUGUGGCUCUUCCUUAUACCGGCCGGCCUGGCUGUCAUUUUACUGGGGGUGUUUCUGGAGGAAGUGGGCUUCUUCCUGAGGCACAAUGCCUCAUCCAGACGAAAACGGCUCUACCUGUGGAUAUUAGGAAUGUACCCGGUAUUUACCUUGACCUCCCUUAUAGCGCUGUAUGUGCCACGUUCGUCCUCGCUGUGUAAUUUUAUUGCUUCACUGUAUCACUCCAUAACCUUGCUGAAAUUCAUGGGACUGAUCACAGACUUCUUUGGAGGGAAAGCUCGUAUGCUGGCUGCUUUGUCUGGACAGCAGGUAUCUCCAGAUCCUUUCCCCUGUUGCUGCUGCUGCUGUCUCCCAAUGGUGGCCAUAAACAGCAGCAGCCGGAGCUGGAUGAUGGCUGCUGUGCUGCAGCUCUCUGUUGUCCGCAGUAUCUUGUUCUUUGUCACUCUGGUCCUGUGGACAGAUGAACAGUACGACUAUGGGGAUGUGGAUUCAGUCAACCCCAACCUGUAUGUGAAUGGUAUCAUAUGUGUGUCAACAUUUGUGUCCUUCUACGGCCACCUUCUGUUUUACAAAGCCACUAAGACUGCUUUACAUGGCUAUGGACUGAGAGCUAAGUUCAUCUGUAUCAUCGUGGUGUUGGUGCUGUGUGGACUGCAGAGUGGCAUCUUAGAGACCAUGGGUGCUCUGGAAGUUAUCCCCUGCACACCACCAUUCUCUGUCCUGACCAGGUCCCAGUUGAUCUACCACUACUGUGUGAUUGUGGAGAUGUUCUGCAUUGGCCUGUAUGCCCGCCACACUUUCCGUAAAGCGGAGCUGAGUGUGGUGGAGGAUGUGGAGGGGCCCAUCAGUGUCCGGCAGAUGGAAAAAGCUGUUCAAACAGACGAUGUUCAGAUGAUGCAUCACAAGUUUGGCCUGCUCUCAGAGGAGGCUUGGUCUGACCGCUGCCUUGUAAGCACCUCCAAUCCCAGUUACAACAGUGACAGCGACGACAGCCUGUGCAGGAUAGAACAUGCACCUCUGGAUGGUUUCCCCUUCCCUCUGGCUGGGGGUCAGCAGCCAGGCAAACCAGAUCCAGUGGAACCCAGGUUUGCAGAGCAACCAGUUGUAGAUCGGACCCAUAUUACUGUCAGGGCUGAUAUUAACUAUCAGGACUGUAAGGAUGUCACUGUGGUUUGACCAACUAUGGAAGACCUUUAACAAAACACUAAAUAUGGCAAAGCUGGUAAGCUAGUACCAGCAUCUUCAUUGCUGGUACUGGCUUGGUUGGUACUGUGUGUCCCUGAGGACCUUUCUGGAAAGUGCUUAGAUAAACAUGGCAAAAACUGACACACAUACUUACCUAACAUAUAGGAAACUGUGUGAAGAUGUUAAUCCUCCUCCUCAACAUCGCACAGAUUCACAGAUACUUUUUAGCUCACAUUUUUAAGGUUUGAACUUUCCAAACUGUACACUGUUGCCACACGCUUCUACAGUAUGAGGAAUGUAAAAGUCAUGAGAAAUGUUUCUGCUUCUUUAUCUUUAAAAUCCCUAGAUGUGUUUUUAUAUGUAUGCUUAAUAUUUUUUGUUGUAAUAAUUUUUGGAAAACAAAAGGCAUGAUGAAUACAUGACAACAUGUAGGCUAACCUAAGGGUUUCAAAGGGCUAGAAUCCUAUGCCACAAUGUACAGGUUCAUUGCCUUCCUGCAUGUACCUGCAACAUUGCUUCUCCUUGAUCUACCGUGGCUUGGAUUGUACCUCAUUUACACAUAGCUUUGGACUAAAGUGUCUGCCAAAUGAAUGACAUUGUUUUUUUUUCAAACAUAGACAGUUUGGACACUGGGUCUACUUUUAAAGUCAAACUGAAAUUAAAUUGUAUCUUUGUUGUGUUACAGAAUACAUAACUGUUGUGUUAAUGACAUAUCAUCUUCUUCCUUUUGAGAAAAAUCAGUACAGAAAAUAGAGAAAUUUACAUUUUGUAUUUUUUGGCUUCAAGAUUGUGCCCCGUGUCUGUGCAUUCACCUUUCAUAAUGUGGUUAGUUCUCUCUCACUUUAUAUGGAGGACUUCUUUGCAUACAGCCAAUAAAAUCAUUUCAUUUUUAUCAGUGACAUCACAUUCUAUUAUAGUCACACUGACUAGCAGCCAGCCAGCCAGUUUCACCCUCCAUCAACAUCAACUGACAUUUUUCACAUCCAAAAAUAUAGCUUUUUAUAAAAAAGCUUCCCAGAUUAGCUGAAUCUUAAAAUGCUGUCCCCAUGUUUUACUGUCAAUGCAGAAAAUGUAA